CAUUAUAUAAACAUUUCUGCACGGCGUUUAUUAAUGCAAGUAGCGUUUAACGUUUCGCUCUAAUCCGUAGUGAGGCUUUAGUGAUGUUUACUUGUGUAGUUACACAGCUGUUACGUCACGGUGUGCGUGUGGGUUCAGUGCAGGGAUGUUCAAGACUCUUCACCAGGGCUUUGAUCUCUCAGGCUCUCCGAACUUUUUCAGAUGCUCCUGCAACUCCUAAAGACUUGAAUAAACCUAUAAAGCAAUGGGAAUUAUUAGUUAACCCUUUCACAAAGGUCAAAUGUCAUUUAGGCUGUAAUAUAUCCAUAAAAUCACUGGAUCCACAUGCUUUCCCUGAGGCUGAUCGGGCAUUUGUAAGUUUGCACGUGACAGAUGCGAAUCAAACUCCUAAUGUGGACGGAUUUCAUGUUCAUUAUGAUGAUCAAAGCAAUGAACUUCAGAUUUCGGCAGAUGAGGUGGAUUGCAAUGUCACUGUUGAAUUGACAGCACCUGUUAAAUGUGAUCUCCACAUCAAGACUAAAGACAAAGGCAAUGUGAAGAUCCAGAAAAUGGAGAGUGACCUCUGCCACGUUCACACAGAGAGAGGGCACUGUGUCCUAGAGUCUGUCAAGGGUCAUGAGGUUCAAGUGCAGUCCACAGGAGGAAAGGUCACCGGACUUCAGACCAUACAUGGGAAUGUCGAUAUCAGCACAUCUUUGGACAGUAAUGUCGAUAUUAAGAAAAUUCAGGGAACCACCAUGAAUCUCUCCACAGAACACGGGGAUCUGAAAGUGAAGGCCAUUUAUGCUGAAUGCACAUCAGUGUCCACUUCCUCCGGGAACAUCCAGAUUGGCCACGUGCACGGUGAGGGGACGGGACGGUUGAAGCUCUUUGUACAAAGUAAAACAGGAAACAUUGUCAUUGACAGCUCAAGUGGUGCCCUGAAGGUGUUUACUACUGCUGGAAACAUUGAUGCAUAUGUGGGCCAAGAUGGAAGCGGAGAGCUUCACAGUCAGCAAGGUGCUGUGAGUGUGCGUGUGCCGUCCACUAUGAAAGCAGCAGUGCACUUGUGUGGAACCUCUGUUAGCAUGAGCUCAGAGAUAGUUAGCUCGUGUCAAGAGACUGAACGUACUUCAGCUGAUGGGAAGACAACAGUUACGGCUCAUUUGAAUGGUGGCACGCAUGAAGAACGAUGGAUCAAAGCCACUGCAGAAAAAGGUGCUGUCAGCCUGAGAAACCAGAGCUGGUUUGAGACCCUCAGACUUGGAGCUCAGAGUUAAAACCUGCACAGAAGCACCUGGGACCAACUACAGAACUGACAGAACCUUGCUGCUGGAUUUAUACAGGAGAUUUAAACUGGAUCUUGUGUAUAUCUGUGCAACAAGACACUUCACAUAUAGCUAAAGUGAGAUACAACUUGACUGAAGCAUGCAUCUAAAUGACGUUUGAAACAGAUUGCAUGUCUUUUUAGGGCUACGCUGUGGGCAAGUUCUGCUUCAGAAGAUCCUGAUGGGUACUUUCUACUUUUUACAAGUAAUGGUACUCAUGUAUUCACACUAAAUGCAAUGGUGUAACAUCCUGCCAGAUCCUGUAGGACAAGAUCCUGAGAGAUGUUACAGUAUACAGUAUACCUGAUGAGUUGAUAAACAGAACCCAUUGAAACAACUGUACAAAAGAAAGAAAUAAACCAUGCUAUUUU